CACAGGCUUCCCAUGUUGCUUGGAGCUGCCUUCACAGGGGAUCGAUACUUAGACCGGAGCCCAAAUCACACUACCCUUUUUCGUCUCUUAGUCGACCAUGCCUACAAGAACCCCUCCAGCUCCAGCCCCGCCGGGGUACGGCCAUCCUCCUCCCCUCCUCUGCCGUCGCGAGCAUGACUUCCUCUGGAAACUCGAACGCGGCGACCUUUCAGAAUGAUCCCGCGCUCCCAAUCGCCAUCGUCGGCGGCGGGCUCGGUGGGCUGGCGCUCGCUAUCGGGCUCCUCAAGCACGGAAUCCACAUCCACAUCUUCGAAGCUGCUCCGGUAUUUUCUGAAAUUGGCGCUGGCGUAACUUUUGGGGCCAACGCAACGCGAGCCCUAGGCUUGAUCGACGAGGCGUUGCUCGAAGGCUACAAGAAGCACGCAACGUUCAACGAAAACCGCGAGCACGAUGACACAUUCGCAUCCCUGAGAUGGGGCAUGGACGAGAGGAAAGAUGGCGGAAAGAAGGCUGGCGAGUUGAUGUGGCACUUGGUGGACAAGUGGCACCCUGAAUUUGCGAAGCAGAUCGGGGUCCGGGCGAGGAGUUGCAUACACAGGGCACGACUGCUGGACGUGCUGGUCUCGCUUGUACCCGAGGGGACCACAAGUUUUGGGAAGAGCUUUGAGGGCGUUGAAGAGCAGCCUGAUGGCACGCUCAGACUGCACUUCGUAGAUGGGACCACAGCAACGGCGAGUGCGCUAAUUGGCUGCGACGGCAUCAAGAGCAAAGUCCGAGAGAUCGUCUGCGAUCCCGCAGUCCAAGCGAGCUACGCAGGCGAAUAUGCCUUCCGGGCUAUGGUACCAAAGGCCGAGGCUGAGCGCGCCUUGGGACCUGAGCUUGCUCGUAACGGGCAGAUCUAUUGUGGCUACGGCGCCUACAUGAUCAAUUACCCUGUCGAGCACGGCGAUUUCACCAACAUGGUAGCUAUACCCCUUGACCCAGACAAGUCUUGGGAUCAGGAUGAAUGGACUGUUCCUACGACCAAAGACGAGUUCGUACGCUAUUUCGAGGGCUGGUUUCCCCCGCUCGUCGAUCUUAUCCAGCGGUACUGUCUGCCGUCGAAAUGGGCGUUGUUCAACCUUCGGCACUCAGCGCCGUACUGCAGGGGCCGCAUGUGCCUGCUCGGCGACAGCGCUCACGCGACGACACCGCAUAUGGGAGCUGGCGCCGGCAUGGCCAUGGAAGACGCAUAUAUCCUCAGCAACUUAAUCGCUUCCAUGCGUGGGUCUGCGAGCAUUGAAGCUGCUUUCCGAGCGUACGACGCUGUCCGACGCCCUCGUACUCAGCAACUGGUCGAAAAUAGUUUGAAUGCAGGCGUCGCACUGGAUUUAACGCUUCCUGGCGUUGGCGACGAUACAGAUGCCUUGAAAGAGUGGCUGGAAACUCGGUACAGGUGGUUGUGGCACGAAGACCUCGAAGCACAGUUGGAGAAAGCGAAGAAGUUGCUCUAGGGAGGAUAAUCAAUCGCGAAACUGCCGAUGCGACUGCGAUUAUGCUGUGCUUACCGCGUCUUUGUAAUCGUGCCCACUUUUGAUUCCCUCAGACAAUUUUCGCUUGGCUGACAAAUAAACAUGUAUCACGUCAUGGGUUUAGUAUUCGAUACCGAGGAAACAUGCGCAAAAGGGUUGCAACUUUCCAAGGUUGAAAUCUCGGGAAAUUUCGAUUUAAAACGGCCGAACUUGGCCGACCCGCUUUUCAAGGCUAUAUAUUCUUCCUCAGGCGCGCUUCCCCCUCGCACCCACUGCCAUCCUCCUAGAUACCCAAGUUCCAACACACACCAAAAAGCACCAUCUCCAGCAACUUCACCAAUCAUGUCAGACUCACGACUUUUCC